AUGCAUCUGCAUUUGUUGUCCAUUGAUGAAAGCUAUGUGAACUGCAUUGAAAAAGGACCUCAUGUCCCCACGAAGAUCUGCACCAGUAUGGGAGCUGAUGGUGAAGACAUGGCAGGUGACAAUAAUGUUAUUCCACACAUUGAAAGCUCUGAAUCCGAAGAUUCAUCUAGUGCUCCAGAUGAAAAUCCAUCUAGUGACUCGGACUCGUCAGAUUCUGAGCAAAAUGACCAGGUCCCUCUCGCUGAUAAUAGCUCUGAGGCUACAUUGGUUUUGUCUCCUAACAGAACAAAAACAUGGACGCCUAAAUGUGAUGAUAAGUAUAAGCCUCAGCUUAAUAUGCAUUUUCCGACAUUAGAAGAUGCAUAUUUGUACUACAAGGAAUAUGGCCGACAAUGUGGUUUUGAUGUGCGUAAGUUUACCAAGAAAACUGAUCGUUUGGGGAAUAUUUUAGCUAAAUACAUGCUGUGCAGCCGUGGUGGCGACCCGUAUGCAAAUAAGCUGAGGGACCGUUCAGGUAAUUAUAUAGAGGGUCCGAGUAGGAGGACAUCAUCACAAAGAUGCAAUUGUAGGGCUCGGAUAACUCUUAAACAAGCUGCUGUCAGAGGGUUUGUGAUUAUGGGUUUUGAAGAGGAGCACAAUCACCCGCUUGCAACUGGACGUAGUAAGAUGUUCUUACGUUGUAAUCGUAAUGUUUCGGUUGCUUAUCAGGAUUUUAUAGUCGACUGUGGUAGAGCUAAUAUAGGACCAACACGUGCACAUAGUCUAGUGAAGGAAAUGACAGGUUCUUAUGAAGACGUUGGUGCCACAAUCGCUGAUUUUAAAAACUUCUCUCGGGAUGUUAAAGUCCGUAUUGGAGACCAUGACACUGACCAGCUGUUGUCCAAAUUCAAAACAAGGAUGGCCUCACCUGACGAUGCUUUUUAUUAUGAUUAUAGACUUGACAAUAAAGGUCGUUUGUCAGGGCUUUUCUGGACAGAUGCAAUUGGUCGUGCAAAUUAUGAUGUAUACGGAGACAUAAUUUCUUUUGAUCCCACCUUCCGAACUAACAGGUAUCAUAUGGUUUUUGUACCGUUCACCGGUGUGGACAAUCAUUGGAAGAAUGUGACCUUUGCUGCUGGUUUAUUAGCCAAGGAAAAUUAUAAAAACUUCAAAUGGCUGUUGAGGUCGUUCAAGAAAGCCAUGGGUCGUGCUCCCACAACUGUAAUUACGGACCAGUGCAAAGCCAUCAAGAAAGCAAUUUCGAAAUGGUGGAGUUCUUCAACACACCGACUAUGUAUGUGGCACAUAAUGACGAAGCUCCCGGCAAAGAUUGGUCCUAAGAUAGCAUCAAAUAAAAAAUUUGUUAGCAAAUUAAAGGAGGCGGUUUACUCUGAUCAUCUCACGCCUGUUCAGUUCGAGGAACGCUGGGAGGCCGUUAUUGCUGAGUUUAACCUGGAAUCAAACCAAUGGUUGUCUGAAAUGUUUGGAAUUCGAGAUCAAUGGAUUCCAGCUUAUUUCUCAGACAUUGAAAUGGCUGGUUUAUUGAAAACUACUUCAAGAUCUGAAAGCUCUAAUUUUUUCUUCCAGCAUUAUCAUGACAGCGGAGACACAUUAGUAGAGUUUUGGUCUAGCUUUGAGAGUGCUAUGGACAGACAACGUAUGAGGAAUGCAGAUGACGAAAAGAAAUCUCAAAAAAUUCCUUUAACAGACAUUUCACUGGCCAUUGAAUCAGAUGCAGCAAAUCUUUAUACUAUGGAGCUUUUUUAUUUGGUCCGAGAAGAGAUAAAGUCUGGCUGCUACCACACAAUUGUCGAGUCGAUGUUCAGGGAUGAUGACUGCUCUCAUUUUAAAUUUAAAGAUGUCCUUCUUAAUGAUCAAGUGUUUGAGCUGCAAGUUUUACUUCAGGCGAGGCUAUUAUGUCGUCAUUCAUUUGCUGCCUUGCAUCAGUGUAGUGUAAAGACUAUACCACGGCAAUUUCUUAAGGCCAGGUGGAAAAAAAAUGCCCUACAAGAACAUUCGUUCCUUGGUUCAACUCAUGUUGAUGCAGAAUGUAGCAGUAAAGAAAGGAGUAAGCUUAAGCGAACCCGUGCGUGGUUUGAAUUUAAGAACCUAAUGAACAUAUCCGGGGACGAUGAAGAGAAGAUGGACAUAAUUCUAUCCAAUCUGAAACAGAUAAACACCUCCUUUUUAGAAACAACAAGGGCACAGACAGACUAUGGUCUGGCUCACAGAGCUGAUAGGUUCAUCACCCCUGCCGAAAGCGACAGGGUAAUGAUUCAGAAUCCUGACAUAAGUCGGAACAAGGGGUGCGGAAGUAGAAUCAAGAGCAGUAGAGAGAUCUCACAGCAAGAUCGGAAAAAAAGAAAAUGCAGCAACUGUGGUAAACUUGUACGCCACAAUGCAUGA